AUGGCAGGGUCGUCGAAGAAGGCAUAUGAGGUGUUUGUGUCUAAAAUACCAUGGACCGUUGCCAGCAGUAAGCAUAUUUUUUUUAUCGGAGGGCAGUUCGGUCAAGUCAAGAAAUGCCUAGUUCCCUUUGACAAAGAGACAGGCUUCCACCGAGGCUUCUGCUGGAUCGGAUACACGUCUGAGGAAGGCCUGAAUAAUGCUCUCCAGAAAGACCCACACGUACUGGAGGGAUCCACGCUUCAAGUUCAAAGAAACAGAAAAGUGUUUUCGGGACAGAAAACAAACAAAGAGGUGGUGGAGACAAGCUGA